AUUUGCGCGUUGUAGUUUUCAGACGUCCAAUCGUCGUUCACUUGAGCCGGUGAAGUGAUGAAGAUGGACUACGGUUCCCAGAAGGCUAGGCGCAACAAUAUAAAGACAUCAUCGACCACGUGACCAUAAAGCGGAGCCGACCAAAAUCCCAAACAAGGAAAUGGUGGGGUAAUAAAAUGAUCGGAUCAUUUAAUUAAUGCAUGUAAUAAUUAAUAUUUUAUUUUAUCGUAAAGUAAGAAAUAUUUAUGGGUUAAAAUGGACUACGACUUCAAAACGAAGCUCGCCGCCGAGAGGGAGAGAGUGGAAGAUCUGUUUGAAUAUGAAGGUUGUAAAGUGGGUCGCGGCACGUACGGGCAUGUUUAUAAAGCGAAGCGUAAAGACGGGAAGGAUGAGAAGGAGUAUGCACUGAAACAAAUAGAAGGCACUGGGAUCUCUAUGUCUGCCUGCAGGGAAAUUGCUUUGCUGCGGGAGCUGAAGCAUCCAAAUGUUAUCGCCCUGCAGAAAGUAUUUCUGUCCCACAGCGACCGUAAAGUCUGGCUGCUGUUUGACUACGCUGAGCAUGAUCUGUGGCACAUCAUAAAGUUUCAUCGAGCAUCAAAAGCCAAUAAGAAGCCCAUGCAGCUACCGAGGGGGAUGGUGAAGUCACUGCUCUACCAGAUCUUAGACGGCAUCCAUUACCUGCAUGCUAACUGGGUCCUGCACAGAGAUCUGAAACCUGCCAAUAUCCUGGUUAUGGGGGAGGGCCCAGAGCGGGGAAGGGUCAAAAUCGCUGAUAUGGGUUUCGCUCGAUUAUUUAACUCUCCACUGAAGCCAUUGGCGGAUCUGGAUCCAGUAGUUGUCACGUUCUGGUACCGAGCACCCGAACUACUGCUUGGGGCGAGACACUACACCAAAGCAAUCGAUAUCUGGGCAAUAGGGUGUAUCUUUGCAGAGCUGUUAACGUCAGAACCAAUCUUCCAUUGUCGACAAGAAGACAUAAAGACCAGCAAUCCUUUUCAUCAUGACCAGUUAGAUCGUAUAUUCAGCGUCAUGGGCUUCCCAGCAGAUAAAGACUGGGAGGACAUCAGGAAAAUGCCAGAAUACCCCACUCUACAGAAAGAUUUCAGAAGAACCACAUAUGCCAACAGCAGUCUCAUUAAAUACAUGGAGAAACAUAAAGUUAAACCAGACAGCAAAGUCUUUCUGCUGCUCCAGAAGUUGCUCACAAUGGACCCCACUAAAAGAAUCACUUCUGAGCAGGCACUGCAGGACCCUUAUUUUCUGGAGGACCCUUUACCCACAUCUGAUGUAUUUGCAGGAUGUCAGAUUCCCUACCCCAAACGAGAGUUCCUGAAUGAAGAUGAACCAGAGGAGAAGACAGAGAAGAAUCAGGCCCAGCAGCACCAGCAGACAGCUGCGCAGACGCAAACACAGACACAGCAGGCUCCAUCCCAGCAGAGCUCAGCGCAGACAAACGGCACGUCAGGCACCGCAGGGGCCAACACGGGCCCCUCCAUGCAGCAUGGACAGGACCAGGGGCCCCCUAACAAAAAACCACGUACCUCAGGAACUAGUGUUCUUCAAACAGACUACCAGCACUCCAGCUCUCGGCUUGGUUACCAGAGCAACGUCCAAGGCUCCACCCAGUCGCAAAGCACAAUGGGAUACUCGUCUUCAUCUCAGCACUCGCACCAAUCCCACCGAUACUGAGACUCAAAUACACACAUAAGUACUCAAGCAAAAUAGUAACCACACGCAUAUCAACCAGGCAAGUCAACAUUGUCAUUCAAACGAAAAUGCUUACCUGUGGAUGAUAGACUAAUGUCUAUUAAAGGGUCUGUCCUGUAAUACCCCAACCCGCCUCCUAUAAUUAUCAAACCGCAGUUUAACCCCUUACAAAGCCCUGCCUGGCUUCCCACAAUUCUCUGAAAAUGUCACGUCCAACCAAAGCACAACUCUACAAACUUUUCAUUUUGAUCAGCACUCUUCUGAAGCACUGAAGCCAUAACCGUUGACCAAACAUUUACCAUCAACACUUCAGUUAUCUCAACAGUACCUCAAUACAUUUAAAUGCCAACCAGACCAUAUGAUCGUCUAAAGGGUUAGCUUCUUCAUCAAGUCCGGUUUUACCACCCUUAGACCAAAUAUUAGCCAAAUCAAUCCCAACAUGAUUUGCCAACAAAUGCUGUUUGGGUGAAUCUCACGAGACCUGUCAAUAACAUGUUUUAUAUUUCACCCCAAAAUCAAAAGAAAGAAAUGCAAAGUUAUAUUAUGUUUAAAGGUGUUGUAAGCACUGUUAGUCAAUCUGAAACUUUUACCAGAAUUGUCCUCUGAAUUAGACACGCCCCUUCUUUACAAAACCCCGCCCAUCUAAGACACACUUUGUAAUCAAAGGCCAUUGUAAUCAAAGUGGUCAAAAUCAGCGGUGGCGAAAUAGCGUUCUUGCACAAUGAACUAAAAACUGACAACUGCUUAUAAAGCUGACUAUUGCAUUUGACUUGAAUGAUCUCUUUCAGUUAUUACACUCUCUCAGCAAACAUGCAAAAUGAUUCAGGGUUCUCACGCCUCCUGGAAAACCUGGAAUUUUGCAAUGAAGUUUUCCAGUCAUUGAAAAGUCAUGGAAAAUUAUAAAAAUACCUAAAUGUCCUGGAAAAUAAUUAUUUGUCCUGGAAAAUAUUUAGCAUAAUACCACUGUGAUGACAAUGUUGUAAUGUUACAUGUACAAAAACAUGGUAAUGAUCAGGACUUGGGACACGUGUCAAAUACAAAAAAUUGGUAGCGUUUUGUCACAGCCUGCGGCUGCACAUUGUGAAACAACAUCAACGGAUGACUGUCAUGCAUGAAGCCCAGUCAUGUACUUUCUCUGCUUAUCUGGAGGAAUUACAGAAGUUUAAGUAUUAAUAUAGUGCAAAAAAUCGGAAUUUUCAUUCCUACAGUGCUGUUGUGUUAACUACACAAAUAUUUAAGUUGUAAACUUUAUACAGUGACGACAGUCGGACCGCUGAUAUUUUUGAAAAUGAAUUCACGUCCCGAGGUUGUUGCAUGGUCAUGUGGCCUUUACACCUCGCGAUAUGAAUUAACUUUUAAUAAUUCAGUGAUUGUAGUCCGUUUAUUCUGCAGUUACCACAUGUAGUAUUCAGAAAACACAGACGGUAUCACGGAAUCCAGUCAUAAAAAUGCCAUUAGAUAUAAAACGCAGAAUGUCAGGAAAUAUUGUUUGAAUGCACAAUUAAUCAAAUAAAAAUCACAAUAUGUCCUAGUGUGAUUAUUAAAAUAUAUACUGAAAUAUAUCCCAGACAUGUUUUCGUAAGAUUCACCCAUUCAAACCAAAGGUACACAGGAAGUGGCAGUAGGCUUAUUAAAACAGUUCACAAAUUCAGCCUCACUAAUAGAAUUCAUGACACACCUGCUUCCUAAUUACUGGUUGUGUCUCUAAUUAUUAACUUUACCACCCGUUAGUGUCUGUUCAUCUCAAGCUCUUCUGAGAUGCCCCUAUAUGAGGCUGUUUUCAACCCUGACAAACCUGAACCAGGUCAAACACAGACACUUGCAGGUUUUAAGCAAUUGUACAGGAACCAAAUCUUUUAUCUUCGUCCUCCUCUCUCCAUGUGCAGACAGUCCACCAGAGACUGGAUUUGUGUAAAAUAGAUAGACCAAUAAUAUUGUAUAUUAUAAAGACUGAUGAACAAAGAGCACUUAUCGAGAGAGACAGCACUCAGCAUGUGAGUGGAGAACUCCUCUCAUCGCUAACAUGCACCACAGCAUUUCUACACACUUCUCCUUUUGUUGUGUAAAUGAGUUGGUUUUUUCGGGUGUUAUUUUUAUUUUGUAUUAUUAUUAUUAUUAUUAUUUGUUAGUUUUUUUGCACAAAACAUAUACAGUUGGGUCCAAAAGUCUCAGGCUAGUAGUGAAAAUGCUUCUAUUUUGCAUUAUUUUCUAUUUAAAUACUAAAUGCUUUUUACAAAUUAUAUUAUCAGCAUAACAAUUUGAAAAGUAACAUGAAUUUCUGAAUUUCUUACACUGAAAAUCCUAAUAAGUUGACUUUAUUAACUGAGUUUGAGUAAUGUCAACUCCAAAAAUUGUGUAAUUAAGUUCACUUAAAUUGGUGUUCAUAUAGAAAUAACUUUUUAUGGUAACUAGAUGCAAGAAGACUUUAUUCAGAUUUGCUAUUUAAAUAUUGUUUCUACUUAAUAAUUUUUGUUGAAUUGACUCAAAUUCAGGUCAUACAGAAACACAUCUUAAAUAAUAAAGAUUAAAAUGGAUUCUAGGUCAAUCAUUAAAUAAACUUAAUUCCCUAUAGAAAUGCAUAUAUACCUGUACUUCAGUUGCACAUGCACAAGGAGAACUGAGGUUGUUUUAACAGGCAGGGACUAAAAACGAAAUGUUUUUCAUUUCGGUUCUGAGCAGAAACUGUAUUUUUUCGUUCCGGUUCAGAAGUUCCGCAGUCUCCAAAAGGUAACUGGUUAGAAUAAAAUAAAAGAACGGUUAAUAACGUUCUUUUUAAAAUGACAGUACUCUGUACUAAGGGGUGUGUGAAAUACCAGUUGCAGUGUUGCCAGAUCUCACAAGAGAAACAAGCAACCUGGUCUGGAAAAACAAGCCCAAAAUAAGUGAAAAUAAGCAAUAAAAUGUUUUUAUUGUGUGGUUGAUUUAUCAGCAUAGAACGCUUAACAAGCAGUUAAUUAACAGUUAAGUAUAAUUUAAUUACAGAUCUGCUUCUCGGUCAAAACACGACAUCAAAUCUAUAUUAAUGCAUCAUAUCUAACAAUAAUUCAGUGAAGACUUGGAAUCAACUGAGAAACGUACUUUUUACCUCUAAUAAUGUUUGUCUUGUAUCUGGAUUAAUCGUGCAUGUAUAUGUAGUAAUUAUAUAUAGUUGUUAAAAAGUUCUUCAUUCACAGAAUGCUUCAUCCACAAUGGGAAAUUAGGCAAAGAAAUGUUCAGUUUCCUUCAGGAACAAAGCACAUGUUUCAUGAGGUGAUGUAGUUCCAAAGAUUUACUGUGAUAAACAUUUUGGCCUUUUAGUUUUAUGAAAAAAUUACUGGAACUAAAUUAACCAGUUAUGACUGGUUCCCAGCAUUUAAAAAUAACGUUUGCACUCCAGAACAAUUGAAAAUCACUUUGUUCCCAUUUUCAGUUACAUUCUGCAAAAAAAUUGUAGUUAGUUUUCAGUUUGUUUCAUUCCUUGAACCGUUUUUAGUCCCUGUUAACAGGUCCAACUUGACCAAAAGGGACACAGAUCACUCUAAUGGUGACGUCACAGGAACAACUAUUUGCAACAACACAACAUAAAUAUUACUACGAAAGAGCUAAAACCUCAAUAAAUUCUUAAUAACAACUAUUUAAAUCCCCCAUAAGUUCCCUUUGACCAAUGAAACAUCAUUAAAUAAUUCAAACGCAAGGGAUUAUGGGUAGGCCUAUUCCCAUAGCCUCAAUUUUGUCCUCAAUUGUUUUAGUUAUUAACACAUAAAAUCUUACGUCUAUAGAUUUUUAAGCUAAAUGAGUUCGAGGAACAUAGAUAUUUCAGUUUUGAGCCCAAAACUUGACAUGUCAAGUAGUGUUUAAUUUAGACAACAUGAUAUUUCCAGAAAUGACAACAUUAGGAUUGACAGUAUUUUGUAUGUCCCCCUUUUGCUUUAUUGAUAGCAUGCACUGGGUCUGACAUGAACCUGAUGAGCAUGUUAUAUUCUUAAAAAGAUCAUCUUGUGUGCUUCAAUUGAUCAGACCUUUUGUACAAAUGAGUUAACAUGGUCAAAGUUACAACUUUGCUUACAUUUGAUUAGAACAUAAUUUGGAAAAGAGUUGGAAAUUCUUUUUUUUAUUUUAUUAUUAUUCUUUUUCUUUUUUUUUUCAUUUUACAUCGUAGCUUUUCUUUGUGUUAAAUUUGUCAAAAACCUGUUUCCAGGUUUAAAUAAUAAUAAUCCAAUAAAAACAAAAAAAAAAAAGAUUUUCAAUGUGGUCUCAGACUUCUGGACCCCACUGAACACUCACAAAUUCUUUUAUAUGAGCGACUGCUUUUGCAAUAGUUACAACAACAUUAAAUCAAAAUAACAUCGAUUGUCAAAGAUCAAGGCAAAGGAUUACUCUUUCCCUUUUGCAGAAGAACAUGUUUUAGGAUUUUUGUGAGGACUGAAAGCCCUAAAUCUGAUUGUGUGUGUGCGUUUUCGGAUUUACAUGCAUGCCUGUGUGUUGCAUUAUCCGGGGCAGCUAGCAGAACAGCUUCUGUGACUGUUACCUCUUAUCUCCUGUUUCUUUAGUGUUUUAAAUGCUUGACUUUUAUAAGGUGUUUAUUCUUCAUUAUUGCUUUUAAAGAAGUACACUUAUUUAUAGACCUGCAUAAGUGAGAGUUUUUCAGAGCACUGAAUCGAAGGACAACUGACUCACUCCUCUCAUCAGGCAAAGCUGGAAAACUUGUGCUUUCAAGCCAUCCCUUAAACACUUUUUGAUGUGUUAGAGAACUGCAAGUCAUCUCUGUUUGCUCAGUGAAACAGCUCAUCGACGUUCAGUUAUAGUCCUGUCAAAACCAGGGGGGAUAUACCGUAUGAGCUCUGAAUGAACGGCACUCAGAAAAUAUACACAAGUUGCAAACAGCUCGUGUUUUAUCCUUCACUGAAGGGCUUGUGUUUGAAAGACUUUGUAUUUGACAGUGACCAGCAUGGAUUGCUUUUAAAGCACUGUCUGGGCAGUUGAUUUCAACAAAACGGAUCCCUGAACAAGUGUAGCUCACAGUGAUGAUCGAGCGCUGCCGUCAUACUCCCGAGUCUCCCCUUUGUUCCACAAUAUUUGAUCAUAUUUACGUGUUCCUUGUUUUCCUGCAAUGUGAUUUGGAUUUCUUGUGAAACAAACCAACAGCCUUCCAAACACUGUUGGGUUAUAAUCGAAAAACAGCAUUGUUUGGUGAUUCCUUUAGCAUGUGUUUGGUAUCAGAAGUAUAAUCAUGGCCAUAAUUGAGAAUACUGUCAUGGGUUUUCUUCACAUAUCAAAGCGAGAUGAUUAGAUACUAUACAUAUUAUUGUUUACUUAAUUUUUACGUUUCAAACCAGGGGGUGUGGGGCAAGUGCCCACCCGCUCUUGUCUGGAAUAGUGAUAGGAAUAACAGUAGUUCCAAAAGAUGUUUAUUUCACUCAAAUGUGAGAGAAAAAAUGUCUUAGGCCUUUUUACACUCUACAUGUAAGCAGGUUACAGCAUUCACACUGUCCGCAUAAACAGGGCUCCGGAGCGUAGCUGCAAGUGGAGUUUUGCCUAUUUUGGCUGCUUGUAGCACGCUGAACUUAUGCACUACAAACAUUUUUAUCGACACAAUUAUUUGUAAUACAGGCUUUUAUGAAGUAACAUAAAAUAAUGGAGUGAACUACUCACACAUUGUAUGACAAAAGACACCUCUCGGGCAGUGACAGGUACACUAUUGGGUACUACAGUGAAUCUGACUGAAUCCAGAUGAUUUAAAGGAAUAUUCCGGGUUCAAUACAAGUUAAGAUCAAUCGACAGCAUUUGUGGCAUAAUGCUGAUUAACACAAAAAUUAAUUUCAAAUCGUCCCUCCUUUUCUUUAAAAAAAAAAAAAGGUUACAGUUAGGCACUUACACUGGAAGUGAAUGGGGUCCAUUUUUGGAGGGAUCACUGGCGAUAUUACGAUCGGUAUUGUUUGCAUUAACUGUAUGUUAUUAACAUUAUUUAAUCGUGACAAACUAUACACCAUAAAAAAGGUCUAAUACUUCAGCUUUGAUAUUUAGCCAAUGUUUCACAAUAGAUAUAUUACUGCCUGAGUAAUUUCUUAAUUUAUAUCAACAUAUCAAAUUAUCAAAGCAAGAGUUAUGAAAAUGAAACCGUUAUAAAGAGGUACAUAACUAUUCAGUGAUGUAAUCUCCAUACGAGUUGUCCUUAACAGGGUUCAGAGAACAUCCAAUAGAACAUUUAGUCCAACAGUGUGCACAUUUAUGGAAAUGUAUGAUUUUUUAUGAUAUAUUCUCAUAUUAAUUCAUGAAGAAUUAUUAUUUGUCAAUUUUCCACUAAAUUAAGCAAUAUGAUCCGCUGACACGCUGUAAUAAUUUCAUAUGGUGAUUUCCAAACCUCCACGAAGGUAGAAGAGACACAAGUUCAUUUCUCUGUCCAAAUAUGAUCAAGAUAAAGAAGAUAUGACAUCAUGCAUACCUCAGUGCCCACAUGACAGGGACUCCCCCAUCGCAUCCCAUAGUAGGAUAAAUGAUGUAUUAAGCAUAAAACGAAUCAGUUGACUGCUGAGACUUAUUGUAAAUAAAUAGACAAUUACAAAAAUAUAUGGUUUGUCUAUUAUUUCCAUGCAGUCUCUGGUAUUUGCAUAUGAUUAUUGACAGUUCUGUAGCUGUAAUUGCAGAAGAGCUGUUCACCUGCUAUCAUCUUCAACUGCCAAUAAUCUGCUUUCUGCCUCAUUAUAUGAUUGGAAUCCACAUGAGAUCAUUAAAACACACUGCUAUAACAACUCCAUUAUGAUUGGAAGUAAAAUAUAUGCACAAGAUAAUGUUUAUUUUAUAAUGUUUACUAUUCUGUAUUUAGGCGCUAAUGCUAACGGCAAAUGCUAUUUGAGGCCAGAAUCACAAGACAUGGUCUUGGAAAAUGAUUCAUAUAACUAAGAGUUUUAAAGUUAUCAUUCUCAACUUUGAAAUAGAACAUUAUCAGACUUGUGACUUAGCUUCAUUGUGUUUCUAUGCAUCAAGAAGGUCAGUGUCAUAUAUUAUUUCAUAUAAAUAUGUUAUGGAAAAAUUUGCUGAUCACUUUACAAUAAAUUUGAGCUUUUCUAACAAUUUUUCUUAAAUCCCAUCUAGAAAACAUAAAAGUUGACUUAAACAUACAGACAGACAUACUUAUCCCACCCUGGAAUCUCAAAAAAAAAAAAAAAAAAUCUGAAACCCACCUGAAUGAACAACUCCUGGAUAUCAAAGAGAUGUUUCCAUCACACACACUUAUAUAUACAGACGGAUCGAAGUCUGGAGAUUAUUUGUAGGCUGCAUUUGAGAUCAAUCACCAAAAAAGCGAAAUAAGGAUCUCCAAUCAGAGUUACAUUUUUACAGCAGAGGCCAAUCCUAUUAUUCAAGCUCUGGAUCACACCAAGACCACACAACAGAGAAAUUUCUUCAUAUAACAGAUUCAAAAUCAUGUCUUCAAGUGCUCGCAUCACUCAAAAAUGACCACCCAGCUCUUGUAAAGAUGCUAGCCAAAUUGUCAGCUCUGGAGGCUCAGAAUUUAAAUAUUUACUUUUGUUGGGUGCCUGGCCAUUGUGGAAUCCGAGGAAAUGAACAAGCAGACUCGGCUGCUAAAGAAGCACUUUCUACAGAUCUUUAAAAAUGCUGCAUACCACCCUCAGAUCUGAAACCCACCAUAAUCUCUUACAUCAUCAACAAAUGGCAAACAGAAUGGAAUCAAUGCAUUGCAAACAAAUUGCAUGAAAUCAACCCUGUAGUGGGCAAAAGACGUAUUUUUAAUUUCAGUAAUCAAUGGGAUCAGAUCAUUUACACCCGUUGCCGAAUAGGACAUUCUAGACACAUAUGUUUUUAUUAUCAGAUGAAGAUCCACCAUUAUGCACCGCAUGUCAGAAUCCACUAUCCAUGAAACAUAUUUUAUUGGAUUGUGCCAGUUUUAUUCCUUUUAGGAAUUUAUUUUAAUCAGCAAACACUUUUGAAGGGAUUUUUUAACUGAGUCAGUUUUAGAUUUCUUAUCAAAAAUAAAUGUUAAAAACCUUUUAUAGGUGGGUGGGAUUUUUAUUCAUUCUGACUUUUUAACAACAAACAUUCAAGUGUCUCUUUUUAAAAGAGAUGAUAAUUAUGCCUGUAAUACAAUGUGGGGAUGGACUGCAGACAUUGUAUUUUGAGUAUGUCCUUUUUAGGCUUGUGCUCAAAACAAGGGGGCGCUCGUUAACAAGUUAAAGGCAGAUGUGUGAAGCUUAUAAUUUGAUAAAAGCACUUACAUAAAUUAUUCUGGUUUUUUUUAAACGUUUGUGACGUAAUUUAGAACAAAAUCUGGCCAAAACGAAGGUGUUUUUGAGUUCGUUUCAGUGGUUUGUAACAGCUCGCCAGUGCAAACUUUAAUGUAAACUUCUUACCAGUUGCUAAACACCUUCUUACUGCCAUUGGUCCACGUCAUCAGUAUAACCUGGAGAUCCACCUACUUUGAGUCCGACGGCUAAUUCCCAUUCAAUUAGUUAAGAUCAGUUAACAUGAAUACACCGGCGUGCAGAGUUAUUAGUGAACUGGUGCAAACUUACCUACAUCUGUACGAUCGUUCGCGUAGAGACAUUUUCCAAGAACAUGUCAUGUGAUUUAACUGUUGUUUAAUUACUCCACAAAAGGAAUCAAAUCUACUCAAAUACUUUUAAAUGCCCAUUCACUCGUUCACACAUGUGCCAGAAGAUAUGCCUCUAAUCAUCAUUCUUUUGUCUGUGUUCUACCCAUUAACACUCUUUUAUACACCCAUCUCUGCAGUAGUAGCAGUGUUAUUGUAAAUAACAAUAACAGAGUGUAAUCGGUACAUAUUAUGGCCAUGUAUCGCGUGUAAGCACAUUAGCGCCAUGAAUUCAGAAUGUAAACAUUACAAAUUACACAUUAUCUACAGCAUAUAAAUUACUUUAAAUCAUCAUCGAGUGAUUAAAACAGACUUUUUUACUGAACUCAUGUUAAUUCUAGAAUGAGUCAUUGAUAACACAUUUUAAUGUUAUAUUAGUUGAUGUUUUACAUGUAGUCUUGAGCGUCCUCAUAUUUAAAUGCUCCUCUCAACAGCUCUAAACAAAGAAUCACUUCGCCAUGAGUGUGCUGCCUUUACUGUAUCACAUACACUACCGGUCAAAAGUUUUGAAACACUUACUCAUUCUUUAUUUUUUUCACAUUUUAGAAUAAUAGUAAAGUCAUCAAAACUAUGGAAUAACAUAAAUGGAACUAUGGGAAUUAUGUUGUGACUAAACAAAAUCCAAAAUAAAUCAAAACUGUGUUAUAUUUGAGCAUCUUCAAAGUAGUCACCCUUUGUCUAGAAUUUUCAGACAUGUACUCUUGACAUUUUCUCAAGCAACUUCUUGAGGUAUCACCCUGGGAUGCUUUUUAAACAGUAUUGAAGGAGUUCCCAUCUAUGUUGGGCACUUAUUGGCUGCUUUUCUUUAUUAUUUGGUCCAAGUCAUCAAUUUCAAAAACGUUUUUUUUUUUUUUUUUUAAUUAAAUUUUUGUUUUAUAAUGAAAUAAAUUAAUAUGGUGGCACAAUUAUAUUUUUGUCUACAAAACUAUUUUCAAACAUUUAAGCAUACGCCUUCAGAUCAAAAGAUUUUUAAGAUCAUGAGAAACAUUUCAGGCAAGUGACCCCAAACUUUUGAACGGUAGUGUGUUUUUGCUUUUUUUUUUUAAAGGAGGAAAGAGUCUAAAUUAAUUUUUGUGGUAAUCAACAUUAUGCCACAAAUGCAGUCGAUUGAGUUUAACUUGAAUUGAACCCGGAAUAUUACUUUAAACAUUUUAUAGUUGCAGUUGGUGAUUUGGGUUCGGUUUCAUGUCGUUUAAUUAGCAUUUGAAUGUAUAGUGUAUAUGGGCCCUCUUAUUUACAUUCAAUCAAAUGCAAUAGAUUGAUGUUAAUGAAUGUGAAUUCAAUUUCAAUUCAAUUUGUAAUAAUUAGCUUACUUCCGAUAACCAUUUGAUAAUGUAUGGCCAUUAUUGAAAACCCAGAAAUCUCUUUAUUUUUACCGUAUAGAGAAAUAUACAGAAACAUGCAGUUGCAGUUAUGCUACAGCUCCACAUGCGCGCUGCUUAUGUGUGUGGUGUGAAACUGGCCUUGCAAUGCAGUAGAGGUGCGUGGGACAGAAAAUGUCAUACACACUUCCUAUGCAAAAUAUCUAGCAGAAAAGCUUUCACUUGUGUAAGAUUUUAAAUGGGAGCUCAAAGAUCCGAAUUUUCUCAAAGUUUUUUCUCAAUUUUAAAUUUUUACUUUUACAAACUGUAAUUCUAAUAUGGAUUUAUUGAAUAAGGUAUAGACAGUUUUGUAUAGUCUAUUGUAUUCUUAUUUUGAAAUUAUAAUUAAUGACUGUAAAAUAGUACACACAUACAGUAUAUUGUGUAUAUAUACAUGUUAACUUAGUACAAUCCAAUUUAUUGCUCUUCAACAAUGUUUGUAUCUCUGAAUAUAUGUAGAAACAUAUUUGGCUUUAAUUUAGCCUCUAACAAUAUAGCUGUAUGACAAAUUAGUAUUGUCACUUAAUCUAUUGCCCUCUAAAUCUUUUGGCAUAGUUAUCCAUUUGUCUAAAUCAUUUCAGUCAUUCUUUCCUGCUGUAAAACACUGCACUGUACAUAUAUAUGUUGAUGUAGCUGUACAUUAGUAUUAGAAGCAGUACAAUGCGCUGAGCUCCAUGAUCCACAAUGCAACAGUGUGGCAGGAUUGAGUGUCAGAUAUUUUUCAGCUUCUAGUGAUUCGUAGAGCUUGUAGGCCACAUUCAGAGUCUGAUUUCCAUUUAAAUGCUAAUGCAGUAACAGGCAAAAAUCACAAAUAAAGAAUUGGCUCCCUUUCAAUCCAUGAGUGUGAAUUUGAAUUGAAUUAGCCACACCCCACAGUGUGUUGAAUUGAAGUUUGAAUUGGAAUGCCAGGAAGAGAAAUUGACUGAAUUCAACCCAGUGAUACAACAGUGGAAUUACAUUAGUUCCCAACCUGAAGAAAUCAUAUUAGUCUGUCUAUAGUUAUAUUGGUUAGAGGCUUGCCUGAGACAUUUCUUUCUUUCUGACACAUUCAGUCAAGUCACUUUUUGAGCAGCCUGGUAGUUCAGUGCAGCCUGUUGAGUGUGCUCUACAUCCCUCUACAAUCACUUUACACUACAAGCAUUAUGCUGUUUGUCUUUCUCGCUCUCUGUUUCUGUCAGUUAUCUUUCCACAUUUGAUCGUGUGAAACAUCUCUGAUCAUGGACAAUGUGUGCAUAUUUAUUUUUUAUUUUUUAAUCAUCAUGCUUGUAUUUACAAUACAAUUGUUUUGUAUUUUGAUUCAUGAUUGGCAUACAUUGAUUUGAAGGGUUUGAAGGAAGUGCCAGUAUAUUAUUGUCCUAUUAAUGUUUCUUCCUGUUACAAUGACAAUGCUCUUUGUGAAAGUUUUUAAAAAUGGUUUUAAAUGUACAGAAUUUUGAAACAAUUGCCAUGUUAUGAUUUGUUGCGCUGUUAUUGCUGAAUUAAUUAGUGGUAAAUGACAAGUGUUUGCUAUGAAUAUUUUUGUCGAUGUUUUUAUUGUUUAGGCUUGUUUAGACACUAAACUUAAUGCUUUUAUAACACAGUAAUAAGCAAGAUUAUACUCUUAUAUAAACAUAUGCAUUUAAAGAAUAGCAACCUCAAAGUUUGCCCCUGAUGAAACAUUGUAUGUUUUGGUCUUUUUCAUUUCAAACCUUAAUAUUUUUAAAUGAUAAUAUUUAUCACUUUGGCAUGCUUUUUCAGUGCAAGUCUUGUUUUUUAUGGAUUUCACAGCUUGCUCCCUUUGUAGGGUUUGAUUAGAGUAAGGGUGUAGCCAGGAAAUUACUUUUGGGUGGGCCUCAAUAAAAAUAGAUAGGCCAAGUUUUCACCCAAAUGUUUUUUUUUUUACCAAAUUUUCCUUAACAAAAGAAAAGUGGCACCUUCAAACAGAUCUUUCACACUUUCAGAAAUUAAUAUUUAUGCAUUUUUAAACUGUUUUAUAAAUACAUAUUUGAAGUCAAAAAAUCAUUUCUAAUAUUCUGGGUGGGUCUGAGUCUAAUUUGGGCCCACCCUUGGCUACGCCACUGGAUCAGAGUAGUCAGUGAAGUACCUGUAAUAUCUUCCAUUAUAGAAUUAUCCCCCUGAAAUAUUUAGACGCAGCAGCACUUUAUUUGCCGUUAAAUAACACAGUGGUUACAGUACACUUACAUUAAAUGGCAUACUUGUUCUGUAAAGAGGUGAGACAGAGACAGGCUGCAUGUAUUAUGCCACAAGGCCUGUCGAAUAAACAAUAUCUGAUCACGUGUAAUUUUAGCCAACAUGAUACUGGACAGACAACAUUGAUGGUGCUCAUGAAAUGUCACUGCUCUUUACUGUAAAUUAGAAAAUUUUCUGUCUAGUGAAUGACCCGCACCCUUACAUAACUAGACUUAUUAUCACAUCAUAUGUCCAUCUUAGAAAUGUACUUCAAAUUGUUAAUUCUAGAAGUAUGACAGAAUAGGUAAACAAAAGCUAACUCCGGAUUCUCUCUUGAAAUGAUCUAUCUGUCCGUCUGUCUUUUCUUUCCAUCUAACCCUUUCCACCAGUUUAAGGUGCAUUACUGCAUUAUGUCCAUGUAGUCAUCUGCCACUGAUAUUACAAAUUGUGACAGUAGAGUUGCAAUGUAUAUAUUCUUUUGAGUAUUGUGUACAUAACAGAGUAGUGGCAUUUUCAGAUUUGGGAGUUUGUCAUCACAACAUUAAUUCUUUGUGAUUGUGUGUGUGUGUGUGUGUGUGUGUGUGUAUGUAAAAACAAAUGCAGCGAACAAUACAUUCUUACCCUCUGGUUGCUUCAAGCUAUGUUAUCUUUUUUCAGUGUACAAAUGACUGUUAAAUGAGGGAAAAUAUGUAUAUUUAUUUUAUAUUCUAUAUUGUAAUAAAAUCCCCUUUUGCUUCA